AUGCAGUCCGCCAUGUGGCUUUCUUCCACAGCCUCAACAACGCACUGUCCAUGGCCCCGCUCCAUCCUCGACUCUUCCGCAGAUAAUCCCAACCGCUACAACGCAGCUAGCAACUGCUUGGAGAUGCUACACAGCUCCGAUUAUCGCAUACAUUCAACGACCGAAGCUCUUCCACGUGGUAGGAUCAAGGACGCCCAUUCUUUGAUUAAGAUGACGAGCAAUGCGCUGAGCAUGAUAACGUCAUAUGACAUCUUUGGGAACGAAACCGGGUCGUGGAGGCAGCCAAUGACGGAGCGGGCCGGGUUCUGGGAGAGCGGUAGUGAGGGAAGCGACGGGUUGAGUUACAAGGGCGGGUUACCAUCGGGUCUAACGGCAGACGUUACGGUUUGUAAGGGUGAGGAAAAGAAGUGCGACCACAAAACGGUGCAGGAGGCAGUGGACGCGGCGCCUGAUAACCUAAUAGCGGAUAAACGGUUUGUGAUUCGAAUUCAAGAAGGGGUAUACGAAGAGACGGUGAGGCCGGUUAAAGAAUGUCGCCCUCGUCGUCGUCACCGGCGAUCAUGGCCUCUGCGGGAGGGUGUUCUUGGAGAUGGAUUUAUAGCAAGUGAUCUGACCAUCCAGAACACGGCAGGUCCAAACGCGCACCAAGCAGUGGCAUUCCGAUCAGAUAGUGAUCUAUCCAUCAUUGUGAACUGUGAAUUCCUUAGCAACCAAGACACUCUGUAUGCCCACGGCCUGCGCCAGUUCUAUAAAUCAUGCCGCAUCGAAGGAAAUGUCGACUUCAUAUUUGGAAUUCUGCUUCAUUCUUCCAAGAUUGCAUUAUUUUGGUUCGUCCCCGCCAACUCAAACCAGAAAAGGGUGAGAACAAUGCUGUCACAGCACACGAAAGCCUCAGGCUCACAGAAAUUUUCUGGGGAGACCUGGAAGGAGUAUUCCAGGACAGUUUUCAUUCAGUGCACCUUGGAGGCUAUUAUUAAACCGCUAGGGUGGUUGCCUUGGCGGGGGGAGUUUGCAUUGAAGACACUAUUUUAUGGAGAGUUCGAUAAUUCUGGGCCAGGAGCUAAUUUGUCUGGGAGAGUGCCGUGGAGUAAUCAAAUCCUUGCCGAGCAUGUUUACAUGUAUUCAGUGCAGAAUUUCAUUCAAGGAGAUGAGUGGAUUCCUACAUCUUGA